ACUUUGUUUCGCUUCGUUGAUCCGAAACAGGAGAAGCAAUGGGGAAAGAAAACACAAACCAUCGUAUCAACCCUCCCGUUCAUGAAGGAAAUUUCGGGAAUGAAGUGCUACCGAAUCAUUGGCCCCCUCCCGGCCGAACAUGAGAGCAAGAGGACUAAUAUCGAAGCUAUGGAGGUGGCACAUGUCACCGUAUACAAUGGACCGGCUUUCCAUCGACGACCACGGAUUCAAAUUUAUCGUUUUGAACACAACACGCAACUGAUCAGUGAUCACUCUGAGGCAGCGCAAGGUUUCCAGGAGGUUGUCACCUUCCCCCAAGACCAUUUUCAAAAACCGCAUAUAUUCUCUUACGUUCUUCGGGUCAGCAAACUCCCCCUUUGGGUUGUAUUCAAGGAUACUGCUAAUAGCUCUCAUAUUUAA